AUGUUUCAGCUGUGCCUGCUGUGCACGUUUGGCCUCACUUGGAGCAAGCCGCACAUCAUCUUUCAUAUCAUCGAUGAUUGGGGUUUUCACGACAUCGGUUUCCGGUCACAGCAGAUGAAGACACCGACCCUCGACAAAUAUCACAAGCAAGGUGUAACCCUGGAAAACUACUACGUGUUGCCUACCUGCAGCCCAACUCGUGCCACCUUUCUGACGGGCCGCAUGCCCUUGCACACGGGGCUCUCGUCAAAGCUGACGAUAAGAGAAGCCAAAGGGCUUCCACUCCAUGAGACGCUAAUGCCGAGCCUGCUGCGACACCAGGGCUAUCGUUGCCAUGCCAUUGGGAAAUGGCACCUGGGGCAUUUUCGGACCGAGUACACGCCCACGUUUCGAGGUUUUGAAUCCUUCUACGGCUACUAUUCUGGCGGUGAGGACUAUUUCCAGCACCGAAUCGAAGGUAUCUACGACAUGCACCGCCAGCCGCGGCCCUUUUGUGGUCCCAACUGCAGUCACGUUGCGUGGGAGGCGGUUGGUGCGUACUCCACCAAAUUGUUUCUGCACGAAGCGAUCCGCAUCAUCCGACGUCACAAGAAGCAGGAGCCCGAGAAACCUCUCUUCCUGUAUCAGGCGUGGCAGAACGUGCAUUCGCCCAUCCAGGCCACCAAGUUUUUUGUGCAUCAGUUCGAGUCCAUCGCCAACAGGACCAGGCGCGUACAUGCGGCUAUGGUGAGCUCAGUAGACAACGCGAUUGGCCAGAUCAAUGAUGUUUUGCAACAGGAGGGCAUGCUACAGAACUCGGUAGUGGUCGUAACAACCGACAACGGCGGUGCCAUCCACGAGUGCAAACCCAAUGGAGCUUCCAAUUAUCCCCUGAGGGGUGGCAAGUGCAGCAUUUGGGAAGGUGGCACCAGAGGCACUGCUCUGAUCUAUGCUCCCAGUUUUCUUCCCGCAGGACUGGUCUGGCCGGGCCUCUUCCAUGCAGCGGAUUGGUUGCCAACGCUGCUGUGUGCAGCUGGUGCCGAUCCAUUUGUGGCGGCUCCUAAGCCUUUGGAUGGCUUCAACCUGUGGCCAGCCUUACAGCAAAAUCUCUCGUCCCUCCGAAGUGAGAUCUACUACGGCCAUUCGGAUCUCGCCGUGGGUCGCCAUGGGCCAGGCUUCAGGGACGCAGAGGGAUGGAAACUCAUUCUGCAGGGCGGCGGCGGUGUGGAUGAUUGGUCUUUGCCCAGGAGACUACGGCCACGACGACGUCGCGUUCCGGGAUCACCCAAGAUCUAUCCGUUGCUCUUCGACCUGAAAAACGACCCAUCGGAGACCACGGAUCUCAGCCGAACGCGGCCGGAGAUCAGUUCGCGUUUGGGCGCCCGGCUGAGACACUACCGACGCCAAGCCGUGCGCCCUGUCCGCGAGCACAGGCUCUUCGCCGAGCGGAGAGUGGAUGGGCCCAUGGUGUUGAAGGAUUGGCCGGGCCACAAGCCUAGCAGAGCGCCGAGCUUGGAGGUGCAUUUGGCUCGGAGGCAGGCAUUUCAAGGAGCAUCUUUCAGCAGCAGCAUAGGAAAACUGCAGAUUGCACAUUUGCUUCCGGCAACUUCCACUGUGGACGACUUGCGACGCUAUUUCGAAAGCUUUUACCGAGAGGGUGGGGAGUUCCAAAGUGAAGAAUACCAGGACAGCGAGGAUUUCAACCAUUCCUGGAAGCAUCUUCGAACUGGCAUCGUUGUAUGGAAAGAUGCCAUUGAUUUGUCAUCAGGCCCAGGUGCCAAGGUAUAUUUUCACUACACGGAGGAGCUACCUUUCAGAAACAUCACGGCCCUUGAGAAAGAAGCUGCGGAGGUAUGGGCCUCACUGAGAACAGAAGGAAAAAGUGCAAACGCCUGGUGGGGGCGUGGUGUGUACACCGUCCCUAAAUCUCCAGACCAAUGGGCAGACCGAAUGGAACUCUUAGAUAACAAUUACAGAAAUAUGAUUAAGAGAGAUGUGGAACUUCAUGGUGAAGACUAUGUGAGGAGAGUGUAUCCACCACGUGCAUCGUUCUGCAUUCCUUUGCUCAUCGAUCCAGAGAAUGCCUACGACAUUUCAGUGAGGCCAACACCUGAGAUGGAGGCAGCGGGAAAGCCACCCGGCACAAAUCUGGAUGACAAGCUGUUGAAUGAGCCCGGGCAGCCAGAGCGCUGCUGUGUGGUUCUCCGGGUGGCUGGCGAGGACGGCGUUGCCAAUGCUCGAUCUCGCCUGCUAGAUGCUCUCCGCGCACGCGAAGUGGCUGCUCAGACUCCUGGCCUCAAGAUUGCUGCGAAAGCGCGUUUGGGAACAGCUCUGCAGAAGCGAGGCUACUUCCCGGAUAGCAAGAUUUUGCUGAGCGACGUUCUGGAAGCCCAUGAGCGCACCCUCGGUUGCCUCGAAGCCAUGGGCCUGCUGAAAGAUGCAGAGCCGCUCUACAGGAGAGCUUUGGAAGCCCAGGAGCGCACUCUCGGAGAGCUUUGGAAGCCCAGGAGCGCACUCUCGGUGCGGAACAUCGUGAGAGCUUUGGAAGCCCAGGAGCGCACUCUCGGAGCGGAGCAUCCUGACACAUUAGUCUCAGUCAACAAUUUGGCAGUUUGCCUCAGAGCCAUGGGCGUGCUGAAAGAUGCAGAGCCGCUCUACAGGAGAGCUUUGGAAGCCCGUGAGCGCACCCUCGGUCCAGACCAUCCUGACACAUUGGUCUCAGUCAACGAACUGGCAGGUUGCCUCAGAGCCAUGGGCCUGCUGAAAGAUGCAGAGCCGCUCUUCAGGAGAGCUUUGGAAGCCCGUGAGCGCACUCUCAGUGCGGAGCAUCCUGACACAUUGCUCUCAAUCAACAAUUUGGCAGUUUGCCUCCAAGACAUGGGCCUGCUGAAAGAUGCAGAGCCGCUCUACAGGAGAGCUUUGGAGGCCAGUGAGCGCACCCUUGGUGCCGAGCAUCCUCGCACGUUGGUUUUUGCCAAAAACUUGGCACGUUGGUCAGAUUGGAUCAGACCAGAACUGGUGGAUUUGUUCAAAUAUAUCAGCACUGUGGGAUCGACGUCGACCUGGUCGCUGCAGUUGGACCUGCCCAGUGUGGCAUCCGUAGGAGAUUUGAAGGAAUUGCUGGUGGCAAAGCAUGGCCUCAGCUUUCCACAUGGAUACAAGAUCUUAGGGAAACGACCAGGUGGAGUGGUCACCCUGGAAGACUCUGCCAAAGUUUGCAAAGACAUCUUCCUGCGGGGCGUCGAGGUGCCACAGACUCCGCAGAAGUUCCCGCGAAAAACGACCAGGAUCUAUCCGUUGCUCUUCGACCUGAACAGCGACCCAUCGGAGACCACGGAUCUCAGCCGAACGCGGCCGGAGAUCAGUUCGCGUUUGGGCGCCCGGCUGAGACACUACCGACGCCAAGCCGUGCGCCCUGUCCGCGAGCACAGGCUCUUCGCCGAGCGGCGAGUGGAUGGGCCCAUGGUGAAAACUGCUGAUUGCACAUUUGCUUCCGUAGCUCAGUAUUUGUUUAUCGUUGCCUUCGUCGAAGCCAUGAGGGCAACUUCCACUGUGGACGACUUGCGACGCUACUUCGAAAGCUUUUACCGAGAGGGUGGGGAGUUCCAAAGUGAAGAGUACCAGGACAGCAAGGAUUUCGAACAUUCUUGGAAGCAUCUUCGAACUGGCAUCGUUGUUUGGAAAGAUGCCAUUGAUUUGUCAUCAGGCCCAGAUGCCAAGGUGUUUUUUCACUACACAGAGGAGCUACCUUUCAGAAACAUCACGGCCCUUGAGAAAGAAGCUGCGGAGGUAUGGGCUUCACUGAGAACAGAGGGAAAAAGUGCAAACGCCUGGUGGGGGCGUGGUGUGUACACCGUCCCUAAAUCUCCAGACCAAUGGACAGACCGAAUGGAACUCUUAGAUAACAAUUACAGAAAUAUGAUUAAGAGAGAUGUGGAACUUCAUGGUGAAGACUAUGUGAGGAGAGUGUAUCCACCACGUGCCUCGUUCUGCAUUCCUUUGCUCAUCGACCCAGAGAAUGCCUACGACAUUUCAGUGAGGCCAACACCUGAGAUGGAGGCAGCGGGAAAGCCACCCGGCACAAAUCUGGGUGACAAGCUGUUGAAUGAGCCCGGACAGCCAGAGCGCUGUUGUGUGGUUCUCCGGGUGGCUGGCGAGGACGGCGUUGCCAAUGCUCGAUCUCGCCUGUUAGAUGCUCUCCGCACACGCGAAGCGGCUGCUCAGACUCCUGGCCUCAAGAUGGCUGCGAAAGCGCGUUUGGGAACAGCUCUGCAGAUGCGAGGCUACUUGCCGGAUAGCAAGAUUUUGCUGAGCGACGUUCUGGAGGCCCGUCAGCGCACCCUCGGUGCGGAGCAUCCUGACACAUUGGUCUCAAUCAACAAUUUGGCAAGUUGCCUCAGAGCCAUGGGCCUGCUGAAAAAUGCAGAGCCGCUCUACAGGAGAGCUUUGGAAGCCCAGGAGCGCACUCUCGGUGCGGAGCAUCCUCACACAUUGGACUCAGUCAACAAUUUGGCAGAUUGCCUCAGAGCCAUGGGCCUGCGGGAAGAUGCAGAGCCGCUCCACAGGAGAGCUUUGGAAGCCCAGGAGCGCACUCUCGGUGCGGAGCACCCUGACACACUGGUCUCAGUCAACGGCCUGGCAGAAUGCCUCCAAGCCAUGGGCCUGGUGAAAGAUGCAGAGCCGCUCUACAGGAGAGCUUUGGAAGCCCGUGAGGGCACUCUCGGUGCGGAGCAUCCUAGGAGAGCUUUGGAAGCCCGUGAGCGCACUCUCGGAGAGCUUUGGAAGCCCGUGAGGGCACGCUCGGCGCCGAGCAUCCUCAUACGAGAUUUGAAGGGAUUGCUGGUGGCAAAGCAUGGCCUGAGCUUUCCACAUGGAUGCAAGAUCUUGGGGAAACGACCAGGUGGAGUGAUGAUCACCCUGGAAGACUCUGCCAAAGUUUGCAAAGACAUCUUCCUGCGGGGCGUCGAGGUGCCACAGACUCCAGUGCAGAAGUUCCUGACGCGAAAUGGUGAGGCGAUAGCGCCACCGAUGCGAAAUGGACCUGGCUAUUGGAAUGGAAGCAACGGAACCAAUGGAACCACGAAUGGAACGAAUGGGGCGAAAGCCAAAGCUGUUUCCGCCCCAAGAAGUGAACAGAAACGAAGUUGGCUCCGCAUUUGUCAGCAGGUUUGGCGGGUUCCCGGCGCUCAAAGUGUGAAUAUCGCGCAGAUGACGGAAGCGGGCACCAUGGUGGGUCAGAUCAUGACUGCAUUAUCCAAGGAGGUGGUGCAGCAGCAACUGGACAGUUUCUUCCAGCUUUUGCAGGGCGACCAUCUGCAAGCUGCCGAAGGUCGCGAAGCGAACAUCAUCGAGUGCAUCAUGGGAGUCAGUCGAUUGCUCUGUGGAGCCUCACAGGCAAUUUUCAAGAAGCAUCAUGGCGAUGAUUCCUUGCGAUCUUUCUCCACUUUCUUUGGCGCACUCGAAGAAGCUUCGACCAUGGACCAAGUCAGCAAACUGUUGGGUUCUCUGCAGUACGUCAUCUGGAUGGGCCAUGACCAGCGCGGCAGUGUUCCCAGUGUUCCCCGGAAGCAGCCGGUGAAGGCCAUCCCCAGCUCCAUCGUCUUCGCCUAUGCGCACCAUGCGGCGCUGGCACCACUGGAGCGACGGAAACGCAGCACGGCAAGGACCUUGGCGUUUCUGGAAAUGAUGAUGAGGGAAUACGGCAAAGACCUUGCACGGUGCUCCAAAGUGAGUCGAGUGUGGAUCCUGGGGGCUCAGGAUGGCGUCGAAGGUGAGUUGGCCACUGCUGGAUAUUUCGAAGAGGCUGCGGGUUUUCUGCCUGGUGAGGGCGAAGUUUUGCAGCUUCAACUGCUGGGUGUGACGCAGCCGGCGACAGCAGUGGGAACACGCGUCAGGGUGCAGAUCCAAGGGCUGGAUGAGCCGGACUUGGUCUUUUGCCCCAACGUGACUGUGGAGUCCCUGCUGCCGCUGCUGCGCGAAGCGAGCACCCUACACCUGGCGGAGCAUCCCGUGGCGGCGACGUGUCGCUCGGGGGAGGAGGCGGAGAAGCUGCUGACGGUGAUGGAGCAGUUGGGGGCCCAGGUGAUUUUGCGCAAAGUUCGCAAUCUCUUCUCUGGCAUGGCAGCAGGGGCGGCUGCCACCUAUGACGAGCAUGGCUGGGUCACGGUGGUGAGGGGAAUCAGUAGAGAGAAGUUGGAGAAUUUCCAGCUAGGCGACCUGACGGAAGCGCAACCUGAGGAGAAAUCCGAGAAACGAAGUCCUGCAGUUUUCUGGGGUAUUCUGGAUCUGAAAUAUGAUCCCACUGUAGCUAUGGAGCAGAGGGUGAAGGUUUUGGAAACCGGUGAUGGUCGCAGUUCCAAGUUCAGUGGCUAUGGUGCAGCCAUCAAGGAGAAUUUCAAGGCCGACAAAAGGUUAGAAGAAACCUUGCACCGUGCCGUGCUGGUGGAGAAUAAGAAGUUGACCCAUGAGUUCUUCGUUGAAAGUGGCUAUGAACACUUGAUGCCACGGCAGAUGUGUUUUCGGCGCAGCUAUUACGAUACCUUGGCCCUGGAUCUCAUUGAGGGUUUAGGCUUGUCAGCUGGUAGUGGACCCGAAAGAGCCUGUGUUUUAAAGCUCUGCAACAGGGCCAGAGGUGCUGGCUGCAUUCCAAUCAAAGCAACAGAUCUGGAUGUGGCGCUGGAAAGGCUGCUGACGCUGCCGGAAAAUGCUGAAGAAUGGCUGAAGGAACAGGAUGAUCAGUUUCCACGCAACUGCAAGUGGGGUUGUUUCGAGGAACAAGUUCGCCACUGGUGGUCCAACGAAUGUCCCGUCUUUGUGGCUGAAGAGCUAUGUCAUUCUGCCCCAGUGGUGCAAGAUGGGCAGAACUUCGAUGGCACCAUGCGGGUGGGUUUUUCCCUUCAUCGGAUCGAAGAGCCUUCGGAGAAUGCCAAGGAUUCCGAGGAAGAGGAACUCCUCAGCGGUUUCGAACCUUCGCCCCCCGAUGCGCUGCCCUCCAUGCAGUGGCCGGGAGACUUGCGACCCGGCACGCUGACGAUCCAAUGGCUGGGAGGUUACUGGAAGUUGCCGGCAGAGGAUAUGACCUCGAAGGAUCUCAGUGGCAAAAUCAUCAGCAAGGCGCGGCAAGGCACGGCACCGGUCGACAAACGCCAUCUGCACGAGGUCUAUGUGGCCUUGGGUGACGCCGUACAGUUGGUCUUCACCAACGCAGGUCUCUCACCGCAGACCUUGCUGCGACGCUAUCCAAAAAUCAACGAACUGGGUGCCUUCAUCGCUGCGCGCUUGGCGUGUUCCAUGCGCAUUCGAGAUCCCAAUAAGAGCAACAUGGUUCUGGGCUUGGCGCAAGCUGCGGUCUCCAAGUGUUCCGCGUCUCCGUGCAAGGACUUCGUGGAAUCCUACAUUCACCGCAAUUUCGGCGUCAUUGAUGCCAUGAUGGGAAAGAAGAAGGCGGUGGAACACCUGAAAAAAGCCAUUGCCGUGAUGCCAACUAACGCCACAGCGCGAUAUUUGUUGGGAAUGCAACACCUGGAGUCGGAGCAGUGGACUGCUGCCAUUGGGAGCUUUGAGGAAAGUUUGCAGCUGGAUCCAGAUUUCAAGGCUCCCUGGAUCAACAUGGCAGUGGCAUUCCUGCGGCUACGCCAGUGGCAACGGGUUUUGGAGGUCAGUGACGCUGCACUCUACCGCCAUCCCAACACAGCGCAUUGCUUCUACAACAAAGGUUUGGCGUACUUCUUUCUGGCUCUGGAGCAGGAACAGGCCUUAUUCCAGGGAGGACGUUGGCAUCCCGCAGGGCACCGAACUCAGGCCUUGCAGGCCUUUCAAGAUGCGCGCAGCAAUUUGGAGAGGAGCUCGCUUUGGACGGAGAGGGACGAUCAGCUGGUCAACAGCCUGCAAAACGUGGACAGCUUCUUAAGUAAACCCAUGAGUUGGGAUGGUUGGAAGUUCUUCGCAUGGCGCCCCUGA